AUGUCGCAACACCCACGAGGGCGCGAAGAGCGCAUGAUCCACCAGGAUUACAUCGCCAGAAUCAGAUAUUCCAAUGCUCUACCACCUCCGCCCAACCCACCAAAGCUGCUUAACAUUCCCAGCACCGGUCUGUCGAGCGGCCAAUACACUAAUCCCGGCUUUGCUUCGCGCCUGGCGCGUGAGCAGCCCCUAAACAUCGAGGUUGAUGCCGAGCUCGGUAUGCCUCUAGACCUGGUUGGCAUGCCAGGUGUCUUUGACGGCAACGAGGAUGCCAUCUCCGCACAGAACCCUCCGCCACCUGUUCACCCACACGACCGUCUUCUCCUCAGACCACUCAACACACUCGGCAAGCCCAAGAUCGGCACCGAGGCGGUAUCUUUCCUUCGCCGCACCGAGUAUAUCGCCUCAGUACAAGUCAAGAGAGAUAAUGUCUUUUUAAACAACCGCUCUUCCAACUCCAGCAAGGACAAUGCCCUCAAGCGACCUCAGAAACGCAAGGCCUCCCCCGAACCCGACAAGGGCACUCCCGCUUGGAUCCGUCGCCGUAUCGAGAAGAGCUUCGAUAUCGCCGCUGCCAACCUGGCCGACAAGACCAAGAUCAAGCACCCGACCAAGCGCAAUGUCAAGUGCAUCGACGCUUUCCCUCUACUUCCCGAUACCACGGCGUUCCCCGAUUCUGGUGCUUAUGUGACGGUCAAGUUCACCACCAACCCCACCAACUCGAACGACAAGUAUGAUCCUCGCAUGCUCGCGGGUGUCUUGAAGCCUAUUGAGCGGAGUGAAGCCGAAGAACAAGCCUUCCAGCAGGCACAAGAGCUACACAACGAAGAUCCAGAGAACCACCCCGCCCCCAGUUCCAUGAUGAACUACAACCUUUUCCUUCCCUCGGAUGCCAAGGAAAGCAAUCUCUUCCGCGCGAGAUUUGACGUCGACAACCCGGACCGUGACUCCGAGGGGCUAUACCCGCACAAGGACGGCAAGGGCCCGCACUUUGUGUUCCCCCGCGCGCGGGCCUACGAAACCUCGGCCGAGACUGAGUACGACCACGACACGAAGUACAACGGCGAAGUCAUCCUGGCCUUCCGCGACGACGUGGGCGAGGGCGACAGCGUUACCGAGCAGAGGGGCAUGUACUACUAUCCCAUCAUGCAGCGCAGCACCCUCCGGAACCAGCGCACCCGCAACAUCUCGGCACGUACGGCAGGCAAUGGCGAGGAGGACAGCGAGAGGUUCCCUGAUGAGUUGCAUGUCACGAUCGACGAGCCGCAUGAGGGUCUCAAGGCUGAUAUCAAGCAAUUCGAGCUUAACCCGAUCGGAUACUCUGGUGUCAGUGAGGAGUACCAGGAGGAGCAGCAGCAGCAGGAAGGGCAGGAGCAGCGUCAUGAAGACGAGGAGGAUGAUAGGCGACAUGAGAGGGAUGGUUCUGAGAGGGCGGAUAGUCCCCCCCGCCGCCACCACACCGAUGACGAAGACGAGUACUAG